UUAUCCUGUGUCGUGUCGUUUUUUGCAAAGGAGGAAUAAAAACUAUUACUUCAAAUUCGAAAAUUCUGUACUGGAAGACACUUUGUUACGUUGAUGACAAGUUUAAAAACUUCGUAUUAAGUAAUCAGGAUGAAUGGACUACAUAUACUGCACAUCUCACCGAUUUAGGAUCUUGUAUAAUUGAUCCAAAGGAAAUUGUUGCAGUACAUUCUAUGGGCUUUUUUGGAAAAGGUUCUUUGUCACGUGGCUUUCCUUCAUUUGGCAAAACACAAUAUGGAACUCCUCCAGUUAUAAGAAACAGACAAUGGCUUCGUAGACAGGAAUGGUUAAAACAAUUUAAUGAACUUAGCAUGGAACCUAAUAGCACAGAAACAAAUUCAGAAGAAAAAAAGUGUGAUAUUAUUAUGAACAGUUAUUCUACAAGUCCCAAUGAUGAUGAUGUAGAAUUAUUAUCAAUGAAAAUCAGUCCAACAAAACAAAAUACUCCAGAUGUAAUUGAAAUAGAUACAAACUCUACUCAUUUAGAUAAAAAACACAAAAAAGAUCAACAAACUGAUGAAGAGUUAGAAGUAGAUGGUACAAUUUCAAAUUCCACAAAAGAGGAUGAUGCAUUAAUUAUUAUAGAAAACAAAUCUAACAAACAGUGUAACAAUAUUGAUAAUAAUCAAAAAGGAUCCAUUGAAAAUGAAGAGAAGUCUCCUUCAGGUUUUAGUUUAAAAGAAAAUGAUAUAUGUUUUACUGAAAAUAAUUUAGAUGUUCAAAACAAAUUACUUGUCUUACCAGAUAGUGACUCGGAAACUGAAAAUUAUUUACAAAAAAUUAAACCUAAAAUUGAAUGUGAAAGUUUUCCUAUUCAAGAAACUCUUCAUCUUACAUUUGAAGAAACAUUUUUUCUUUUGUAUGGUUUAGGUUGUUUAAAUUUAAUAGACUUUGAUGGUAAUUUAUUAGAUAUUGAUAGUGCUUGGCAUAUUUUCUGCAAAACUGAUAAAAAUUUUAUAUCAAAAUAUGUUGUAUAUCAUUACUUUCGAAGCAAAGGAUGGGUAGUAAAACCUGGACUUAAAUAUGGUGGAGAUUUUUUAUUAUAUAAACAAGGACCACCAUUUUAUCAUGCAUCUUACAUUGUAAUAAUAGACACUUUGGAUAGUGAUACCUUAAUCACAGAUCAAGAUAAAUGUAUGCAUAAAUUAACAUGGAAUAGUUUAUUAGGACUGGAAAGAUUAUCAGAAACUGCUGCAAAGGAAAUAUUAUUUGCACAAGUUUUGUGGCCAUCUUCAGCUUUGCAAACAUCUAAUUCAUUAAAUGUGGAUAUGCUUCCUGAAUUUUCUGUGAGAGAAUUAUUAUGGCGAAGAUGGAAUCCUAAACAUAAAGAUAUAGAAGAGGAAGAUGAUGAUUCAUGUUGAUUUGAUAUUUAACAUGUUUAUUAUUGUUGUAAAUGUAUACAUGUAUAAAUUUAGAACCAUUAUUUUUU